UUCCUUCACUAUUUUCUCACUUACUAUCCUCUCUCUCCCUUCCAUUCUUCUUCUUCUUCCUCCUCGCCAUUUCUGCCUUAACCAAAAUCCGACGUCCCUAAUACAACCCCAACGCUCUAACUAAUUGAGCUAUGGAGGCACCCGAAUAUUUUCAGAACAGCUUCUGCAAGGCCAACAAUGGCGCCGGUGCAGGGGGCGACAAUUUCAUGGUCGAGGACCUUCUCGACUUUUCUAACGACGACGCUGUCAUUACCGACGGUGUUGCUGUUGCUGCUGCUUCUGUUGCUUUUGAUAACGUCACCGGAAACUCCACGGACUCCUCCACGCUUACCGUCAUCGACAGCAGCUGUAAUUCUUCUUUAUCCGGCUGCGAGCCCGCCAAUUUCGCCGCUGAUUUCGGAGGCCGGAGUCUCAACGAGGUCCCCUUCUCCAGUGACCUCUGCGUUCCGUACGACGAUUUAGCUGAGCUCGAAUGGCAGCUCACGAGUUUCUCGGAGGAGUCGUUUUCCAGCGAGGACCUCCAGAAGCUGCAGCUGAUAUCCGGCAUGAAAGCCCGACCCGACGAGGCCGCCUCCGAGACCCGCCACUUCCAGCCCGACCCAAACAACAACCAUAGCAACAGCAACCACACCAACCCGAUAUUCAACUCCGAUGUUUCAGUACCCGCCAAGGCCCGCAGCAAACGCUCACGCGCCGCACCGGGCAACUGGACUUCCCGCCUCCUCCUCCUCUCCCCCACAGAAUCCUCUCCGGAGUCUUCCGACGUUGUACUUUCCGAAACUCCGCUGCCGCCUCCGGCGGCCUCGAGUGUCGGCAAGAAGGCACUAAAGACCGCGCCGAAGAAGAAGAAUGAGAAUUCGGACGGCGGCUCUGCGCCUGGUGACGGUCGAAAGUGUCUGCAUUGUGCUACGGAUAAAACUCCGCAGUGGCGUACCGGGCCUAUGGGCCCGAAAACGCUGUGCAACGCUUGCGGAGUUAGGUAUAAGUCGGGCCGGCUCGUGCCUGAGUACAGACCGGCAGCCAGCCCGACUUUUGUGCUAACAAAGCACUCGAACUCGCACCGCAAGGUGAUGGAGCUGCGGCGGCAGAAGGAGAUGGUGAAAGCUCAGCAACACUAUAUACAUCACCCGCCGCCACAGCACCACCACCACCAUAAUCCCAACAUGCUCUUCGACGUUAACGGCGGUGAUUACUUGAUUCACCAACACGUGGGGCCGGAUUUCAGGCAGCUGAUCUAGUGUGGAGAUGCUAGAGUAGCUAAGCUAGGCAGCAAAGUUUUCGAGGUUAAGUUAGCAGCGGCCCCAGUGAUCAUCUUCUACUUCCUUUUACUCUUUUUUUCUUCUAUUUUUUUAUUUGUUAAACUAGACAAUUUCGUAAUGUUAUUUUUUCUUAAAGUUCCUAACUGAAGUUUUGAAUUCCAUCAUAGACUGUUCCAAUGUUAUUAAUCCAUUGU